GCGGCGAGUGCGCGGCGCCGGCCCGGCCGAGAGGCGUCGUCGGCGCGACUGGAUCGCUCCUUGCCGCGGCGGCUGCCAAGGGACCGUCGCCGUCUCGUCGCCUCAGUGUCGCUGUCUGGGCCCAGCCCGCGUUGCCGCCCGCCUUACCUUCCGUCCCUGGCCGGGCCUGCGGGAUGUUCAUUUUAAAGAUUCUGUGAAGAUGAAAAGGGAUAUCUUAUGGCUUUAUGAAAUAUAAAGCAAUACUGUCUGACAUGACGGCAAAAAAUGUUGGUGUGACUUCCACAAAUGGAGACUUGAAAGGAUUUAUAGAUCAGAACCAGAGUCCAACAAAAGGUAAUAUUUCAGUAAUCACAUUGCCAGUUUCCAGUACCAACUCUCCCACUAAGAUUUUGCCAAAAACCUUGGGACCAAUCAAUGUGAAUGUUGGACCCCAAAUGAUCAUAAGCACCCCACAAAGACUGGCCAGUUCAGGGAGUGUUCUGAUCGGGAGCCCGUACACCCCCGCUCCAACCAUGGUCACACAGACCCACAUCACAGAGGCGUCUGCCUGGGGCCCAGGGGAGCGAAAACGGACUCAAGAAAUUAUAGAGUCAGAUUUUUCAGAAAGUAAGAGAAGCAAGAAAGGAGAUAAAAAUGGGAAGGGUCUGAGGCAUUUUUCAAUGAAAGUUUGUGAAAAAGUUCAACGUAAAGGAACAACUUCAUACAAUGAAGUCGCCGACGAGCUCGUAUCAGAAUUCACAAAUUCUAACAGCCACCUAGCAACAGAUUCACAGGCUUAUGAUCAGAAGAACAUUCGACGGAGAGUUUACGAUGCGCUCAACGUCCUGAUGGCAAUGAACAUCAUUUCAAAGGAGAAGAAGGAAAUCCGAUGGAUCGGCCUUCCCACAAACUCAGCUCAGGAAUGUCAGAAUCUAGAGAUAGAAAAGCAGAAGCGGAUUGAAAGGAUAAAACAGAAGCGAGCCCAACUGCAAGAACUGCUACUGCAGCAAAUAGCAUUUAAAAACUUGGUACAAAGAAAUCAGCAAAAUGAACAGCAAAAUCAAGGCCCUCCAUCUUUGACCUCCACAAUACAGCUGCCUUUCUUAAUAGUCAACACUAGCAAAAGAACAAUUAUAGACUGCAGCAUAUCAAGUGAUAAAUUUGAAUACCUCUUUAAUUUCGAUAAUACUUUUGAGAUUCAUGAUGACAGCGAGGUGCUGAAGAGAAUGGGAAUGUCCUUUGGGCUCGAAGCAGGCAAAUGCUCAGCUGAGGACCUGAGAACUGCAAAAUCACUGGUGCCAAAAGCUUUGGAAGGCUACAUCACAGAUAUGUCUGCAGGACUUUCAUGGAUAAACCAAGGGUUAAUUUCAAGUUCAGCACAAGCAGUUUCCCAUUUCGAGGCAGCUGGAAGCACAUAUGAUGCUAAAUCAAGUGAGAAUGCAGGGUUGUGUCUGGAUGCUGAAGUGGCCUUAGCAACUGGGCAGCUGCUUGCCCCUAGCAGUCAGCAGUCCAGCAGCGCAGCGUCCCGGGGGGAGACACCCUGCUCCUUCAACGAGGAAGAUGAAGAGGAUGAAGAUGAGGAUUCUUCCUCCCCAGAAUGAGGACAGUAGAAAAUGGAAUAUACAAAAUGCUGCUCAAAUAUUCUUAAUGGGAGUUCCUGUUUGGAUUUUACUGGUUUCUUGCCUUGGUUUGCACUGUGUUUGGUGAACCAAAAUGGAAGCUUCCAAACAAGUUUAUCCAUAGCUGAAAUUGAAGAAUUGUGUAACUGAACACAGAGUGACAUGUAGAGACAGAGGAAAGUGGGUUUUAUAAACUAUAAAUGAGGAAAAGAACAAAGGCCCUGGAGAUUUGGCAAAGUAAACCUUAAGAUCAUCUUUUCCAUUUUGGGACUCGAGUAUCUGUCUUCCCCUUGUCUUUUUCAGAUGGAGAAGAAAACAGUCAGUCAGUAAAAGCUGAUUCUUGUAUUGUCUUUUGGCUGUUCUGCCUUUAGAAAAAGGGGGAGAGAGCACACAAAUGUGCUAAAAUCAUUAUUUAAAACUAUCUUGUAUGAAAGUGGUUGUAGGGAAAAGGGGCUGUUAAAAUGUUUGCUUUUUUUCUGUUCAACUUGCUGUAUAGAAGAUUCUUAAAGUAAUAUAAAUUGCAAGUGAUUAAAUGAAUCUUGAAAUAGUUUAUAUCCAUUUUAGAUACUCUAAAAGUAACAAGAACCAUUAGUAUAAAAGGUUCAUAUGUUCAUUUAUAUUGCAGGCCUAAUUUAUUAUAAGUGAUUAUUCUUAGCCAUUAUUAAAACAGUCAGGAAAAAAAACAGUAUUCUCUGCACCAGCUUUUUUCAAGGAAAAUAAGAAAAAAAUUGUAUUUCUAGAUGACAGCGUAUUCAGUGUAGCUUCUCCUUUAUUGUUCUAACUUUAUAUAAUCCCUUUGAUAUUAGAGCAUGUCUUGUUUUUUUUAAAAAAGGCCUCCCUCUAUGUUAAGGAUCUCAGGCAGUGUGUUUUCAAGGCAGUCCUUUCAGAUUUGGGGUGGGCAGGUAACAUAACUUUUAAAGUCAUGGGCUGAGGUUCUUAGGAAAAAAAUAAGUAAUUUCAACAAUACAUCAUUUCAGAUUUUGCAUUCUGGUCAGCUUGGAUUCUGACAGACUUUCUUAUCAGUAAAUUCAGUUGCACUCACCUUGAUGCACCUUUGAAAGUUCAACCAUGUCAAACCAUGUAAAAUAGUCUGUGGCUCAAGGUACCCAGCACUUAUCCCAUGUGAGCUGUUAAACUCAGACUUGCAGCAGGAGGCUGUGUUUUCCAUAGCUAACAUCACAUCCAAUCAUAAAGACCUUUAAAAAACCCAAAACCUUGAAUAUCAAUGUAAAAUACACUGUAAAUGUACUCUUGCCAUGGUGUUCCAGUGUCCAGGACUUUGCCUAGCUCUAAGUUAACUGUUUUUCAUAAGGUCAAUCUUUCCAGUUUUCCCACUGUUGCAGGGGGCUGCCCCAUGUCUCAGCUGCCUGAGGCAGCUGUCCUGGCUCUGUUCUGCUCUGGGGGAUGGAUGGGGUUCCUUGUGCUGCUGCUCACUGAGCAAUGGCAGCAGCUACCCUGGGCUGCUGGCAGCAUCACUCUCACAGCCUGGCCUGUGUCCACAUCCUCUACAGCCAGACCUGCACUCACUCAGGCCAGCAAGAUCCAAAAGCACCGAGCCUGAGCUACAGAGAGAAAAUGAGGCCCCAGCUCAAGAGCUGCCUGGCUGUGUGCAGGAGUUAGCCCAGGGCUGGCUGCUCACUGGACAGGUAAAACUGUGAGGCACAGACAAGCACCACCCCCACGUUUCCAUUACAAACAGAAGCAUCCAGAUAGGAACUUCUCACAGACAGUUCAAACUCCUGCACCUGAGCAGUACCUGAGGGCAGCACCAGUACUAGGUAUGGCCCUUGACUGAGCUGUUUGGCACAAAUGAAUAGCAAAUGCACAAACUAAAAUGCCUGCUAUGGUACUCACCCUUGGGGCAAGACUGUUCAGCCCAUCCUGUGCUCGUGGCUCACAGGCAGCAGCAGACUGAGGGCUUUACAGCCCUCACUUCCACCGAAUCUGUAACACUACCUCCAUACCAGAAAAGCUUUCCAGAUACAAAAAAGUAUUCUUGCUGACAGAGUCAGUGCAUAGAGCCAAGUGGCUCACUUUUGAAAUGGAGGGAGAAGGGAACAGGUACUUCACACAUGCUACUAUGGAAUUGUCAGCUUCAUGACUGACAUUUCAUUUAAACAGAUCAUCACUUUCAUUCUUAAAAAACCCAUUGCUUUUUCAAAACUGCCCUGUCAGUAAGCUUCACUGGAAAGGACAUAUCAAAGGUAACUUAUAUAUGCAUGAGCCUAAGGAAUUCUUUACGAGGGAAAUAUCUUCCAGAGUAGUUAUGCCACCCUCUCCCCAACAAUACAUUAGGGACACAUUUAACUUUACACUUUCUUCACACUUCCCACUCAAGAUCAGUGUAAAAAGAAAAAACAGCAAAACACUAAACAGUUCCUAAAGAGCAGCACUUUGAACUAUAAGAACCUGGCAAAAAAAGGCUUCCAGGCCAGAAAUGGAAUGUAUUUUAUUAGCAGUCAGUCUGCUUUACAGGGGGAAGAUCUUCAGUGACGCCUUUCCUCCAUUGAGGUCUGUGCCUUUCAAAGCUGCAGCCUGCACAGCUGCUUGCUUUCUGGCAAACAUCAAACUAUCAAAGUUAAAGAUAAAAAAUAUGGGCGCACAUAACAUUUAUUUGACAGUUGAACCAAGCCUUCAAUAGUUAUUUUUCCUGGACUAGUUGAAUACAAAGGACAAAACAAGUUAGAACAUUUAGAAGAGACUUCAAAAGUAAAUUCUUUCUUUAGGCUUCUUUGUGCCAAAUACCAGUUGAGGAUGAAGUUCAACUGAAGCACUGCAGUCUUGUGGCCACACUAAAGUCUGAGAACCAGGAGAAUUUGGGACCUGAUCCAGCCACAGUCACCUGUGUAUGAUCUCAGGCAAACUUUUCAAUCAUUCCUGGUGAUCUUAGCUGCCAUAUUUAAAAAAGACACAAAAACCACAGACCAAAACAGGUAAAUGCAAGACCUCACCAAAGGCAGCUGCUGCAAUCGUGAGUCACAAGGGGCUUGAGAAUAUUAACAAACCACAGAGCUCUGACUGAGCUCAUGGCAGUGCUUAUGGCACAGCUGCUUCAACACACAGGCCGUCCCUCCUGCUGAGAGCCAGCAAACACUUUCCACAAUAAAAUGGUCAGGACCAAGCCUGGUGUUCCCAUUUUCUAUUCAGUUCCAUCAUCAUCUCCUGUCUCAUGCAAUACCCCUGACAUUCAUUGACAGGAAUCAAGCAGCAACUGGUACUAGGUCAUACUUCAUAUGAGAAAAAGUUAGCACUUAAAUUUUCAUUAUUAAAAUUUAUUUAAUUAUUCAAAUUUUCAUUAUCAAAUUUAUCUUAUAUUUAAGGUAAAUUUAAGUUAUGUUUCUGUGUCUUGGAACACUCUCUCUUGGUUAUACAUUCAGGAGGCACUUGACUGCAAGCAAUAUAAUGCUGUAUGUAAAUGCCUUUAUAGCUAUUGUGCACUAAACAACUUUAUUUCUGGACUAACUAUGUGGUGCUUGAAAAACCCAAAUUUGAUUUAGAAAAACUUGUCAGCUCCACUAUCUAGAUGAAAAACUAUGAGUGGGAGACAGCAUUUUUCCAUUAUGUGGAAAUAUAACAUAAUGUUUGUGGAUUUUGGUAUUUAAAAUUGUAUUAAAGUGCACCAGUCUUCUCAUUUCCACACUGGAAUUAAUGCCAACAAUCCACCUAAUCUCAGAAAGUGUGUGUCUCUAGCAAAUAAGACCAGUUCAACUGAAGGUAUGACUUAAACUAACACCAUAAACCCAGUAAAAGCCCUGCUGUAGGUGUUUCCAUUUUGGUUAAGGGGUUUUAAUUUUUAAACUACAGCUUGCAAAUACCCCUAAAUCCUUUUGAGUGGCUAGAAAUUGCUGAGGAUACAGAAUUCCCACAGAAGGGCUUCUCCUGAUCAACUCUGUCAGCCUGAAGUAACAUUAUGUAAAAAGGCCUAAUAAUCAAAUUUUAAUCCUUUUGUUUUUUUAAAGAAAAAUGAGGCCUUCAUGUUUGUACAUGAAAUGAUGCUUGAAUUUACAAUUCCACAGUUAAGGUUUAAAAUUUCAAGUGCUCUUUUUUAUGGCCAAAUCCACUAUUUUAAUUCGAGAGUAUGGCUGAAACUUAACCACAUUUGAACUCUGGGCAAUACUCCUUUGUGUAGUUAACUGGCCCUUUUCAGCUGAAAAUAAUCCAGGCAGUUGAUGGUAAAGACUUUCCCUUUAGUGAGUUAAAGAUGUUUGGGGUUUGGAUUCAUUUAAAAUCAAAGCCAGCACCACAGGGUAUGGUGGAGAGAAAACAAACCAAAGCAAGCUACCUUCCUGCCUGACCCACCUCAUUUGUAUCUUUUCAUUCCAGGAAUCUCUCAGGAACAUCAUUGUAUUAAAUAACCAGAUGUAAUGAGCUGGGGAAAGACUAUGUGUGCUUUUUUAAUUUGUGAUUUCAAAAAUUCUAGUAAUAGCCAUAUUUGGAGGUGACAUCCUUCUGCUGCAGUUGGGUCACUGGGGCUGAGGGUGUCUCAGGUGCCUCUUGCAGCAUUAGUGAUGAACAGGAGAGCGAGAAGCCAAGGGCCUGUUUAUGGAGGUUUGUUGUUUAAAAUGUGCCACUUCUUGAAUUCUGGCCUCUGUCUGCAAGCAGUGUACCAAUGAAUCAUUUGUGAUGUUGUGGACACCUACCUGAGCACAUGAAAAGCUCUAAAUAAUUCAUUUUCUGCUGGCAGGUGUUCACACAACCCAAUCCUGAUACCAUAAAACUUCAUGAAACUCAGUCCUUAGACUUAACAAAGUUCCCAAAUCAGAUUAUCUCUUUCCUGUCUGUUAGAAUUUUGUCUGGUGAGUAUUUUUAAGAGGCUGUGAGUAACUCUUCUCUCCCCAGUCCAGAUAUAUUGCCAAAAACUACCCAUAACCAAUGUUACUCCCAUUUGUUCAUUCCCUCUGCAAAGGAUUAUUGUUCUUGCAAGUCACUGCUGAGCUGUGUGUGCAGGAGCCCCCCAGCUCCUUCAGUCUGAGUGCCUGGGGGGCCAUCCACAGAUCCCUCCCCAGCUGGCACUGCCAGGGAGGGGAGGCAGUGCUCAUCACAGCAGCCUGCCAGGACCAGCUGAAAGGGCUGCUCACUGCAGCUGGAUAGUCACUCUCCACCUUUGAUACACCUACCCUGUCUGCCCACCCAGAGAUCAGACAAAAGCAAAAUGUUCUCUUUCCUGCUUCCAUAUUUUUGAGAGUACCAAAGAAUCCAACAUUUAGGAUAUCCAGCUCAACUGCAGGACACCAAAAAUCCUUGCUCAAAAUUGGUCAGAAGUAACAUCUGAGAUCUAACCAUCCAAAUCCCAGGGGAAAAGCCUCCUACUAGAACCAGCAUGGAGCAAAUAAAUAGUUCUGCAUUUAUCUAAGAAGAAAAGCAGACUGACCUGGGUCAGGUCAGUAUCUGUAACAGAGCCAUGAUAAUUCCAAGCAGACACAGGAACCUCCCAGUAGCCCAAACUUGCAUCUCUAAGAUUCUUAGUCCUCUGGAUUGGCUAGAAAAGUGCAGUCACUUAAAUCUGAUUUCUCUAAAUGCCAUUCUUAAGAACUUAACGUUCUCCAGGUAUGGGUACUUCAGAAAUAUGGACAGUGUGGCAUAGCAGGAUACAGCAAUGUCAAAUUUAAACCCAGUUGGAGCUGCAAAUCAAACUCAUCUAUGCAGAAACUUUCCAAUACAGAUUGAGUUGGUUUUAGCCCAUUUUCCUCUCCAUGGUGAGUGAAACACUGGUCCCUCACACUGCCUGGUUCCUGUGCUGCCCUUCCUGCUGACACUUUCAGGUCACAUACAACUAUUCUGAAUGGCCACAAAAGUUAAAAUUAUCAGAAAAGGUAAAGUCCACAAAACCAGUCUCCAGGCUUUUUGAUGGGUUUGUUAAAUUGCUAUUGUAACUUUAACAAUUAGUAGAUUUGGUCAUACUAAUGCAGGGAUUAAGUGGAUCUCCCAGAAUUUCCCCAGGAAAACACCAGCUGAAUCACAACCCAUCACACAAGUUUCUGAAACAUUCCCUUGUCCUAAAGGCCAGGCUGUAUACAUGAGAAAUGCUUCAGAGAAGCAAAUGCACAUGGUAUGACACUGUAUCUCACAGGCACCUACUGUACAAAGAAAUGAAUGCUACUUUGAACAAACCUGUAAGAAGUAGGAUGUGAGCCUGUCCUCAUUGCUCAGGCCCUGACUGCAAACCCUGCCCUGGCACCAAGGCACAAGCUUUGUGUUUGCAUAUCUUACUCAGCAUCAGGAGAACCUGGCCAGCAAGCACAGGCAGAGUUUUACACCAGGCCUUGCUUGCUGGCACCUGGGGAUGAUCUGGCAGUGGAUGAGCCCUUGGCAAGGAUUGUUGCUGAAUUCUGAACGCUGAUGUGCCGUCAGCCCAUGUUCUGAAGGUGCUACAACAUGCAGCAAGGGGUAGAAAAGGCAGGUCUGGCCCUCCUCCCUGCCCUUACAGUAGCACUUUUUAAUAUCCACUAUAUUCUACAUGGAAGUAAUUGUAGAGCACUUCCUUUUUAUAUUUAAAAUGCAGAAACCACUUGAAAGUCUAUUAACUUUUAAAUUAAACUUUUUUUUAAGAACAAGGCCAGUCAUGGACAAAGCUAUUUAAUGACCUCCAAUGCUGAUCUGAAAGCAGGGUUUUGUAAACAUGGUGGGUGGGAAGAGGCAAAUCCAAUUACAAGCAUGCUAAUUAUAUGGGAUUUGAAGUUUUAAUUAAUUUUUUAAAUCUAGUCAUCUUGCUCUCCCCAAGAUGUGUAUUGGCACAAAGGGUCACACAAACACUUUGGUGGAAACUUCUCCCUUUUCUUGUGCUAAGCUCUUGUAUCUUCAGGAAAGCCCAAGUUUCCCAUUCAUCUUCAUUUGCUGCAUAUUUUUGAAUUCUCCAUAGAUUUCUCUCUUUCCAAAUACCUAUAAAUUAUAAACUAAAGUUUUAUUUUUGCAGAAAGUCUGCUAUUAAGCUAUGCUGAUUUUUUGUCCUGAACAAAUAGUGUUAAUUUCCACUACCACAUUGUACGUGGCUAGGAGUAGUGUAAAAAAAUGUGGUAGUAUUUUAUGUGCUUUAAACACUGACAAAGAUAUAAAGAAAAGUGCAUAUACAAAGUUUUACUUUCCUAAUAGGAACACUGGCAUUAGCAAAUAGUAUAUUUGAACCAAUAGGAAAUAUUACUUUGUAGUAGCAAACACUUUGUAAAUAAAUACUUGUUAUUUUUUUAAUGGAAAUUUUAUAGAAGCUUUUUCUGUAUACUCAAUUGAUCCCAUGUUUACUGAAAAUGCUGCAAGUGGGAAUUGUACAUUGUAAAUGGGGGUGGGGAGCAGACAGUCUGGCUGAGGUGAAAGCUGUGUGAGCUUUGGAGAAGAACAACCAGUUUUCUGUGAACUGAAAUGUAAACCUUAACUGUAGAAGAACUGAAUAAAAGAAUUUCAAGGCAA